CGGUUUCAGGUCGUAAUUAGCACAAGUUCUAAUAUUUAAAUCACUUACAAAGGUUUUUAAAGCAAUAGAGAAUGUGAUAGCUCUACAGUAAUUUUUCACAAUUUACAACUUCCGAGUGGCCCAAAGCCGAUGUCAAAAUAUAAAUCUCGUCGCAUUUUACUUUAUUUAAAUAAUGUCCAGCAAACAUUCGCCGAUUAUAGCGAAUUAAAGAGAAUACUUUAAGAUUAUAUCAAACAGAAAAUCCAAAAAACGAAACAUUCAAUCAAGAAACCUCUUAUUUCUUAGUCUGUGUCAGUUGCUGCUAAUGCAGUAACUCCGCUUACCUUAAGAUCAUCAAAUUCAGCCGAUCGGCUACAACUUUUAGAAAAUGAAGGCAAGCGGACGCGGCAAGCUUCUACGUUUAGAAGAAGGCGUCAAAUCUACACUUGUAGAAUCUAGUAGUGGAUCGGAUAAAACUAAGGAUAGCGGUUUAGGGACAGGGACAACUUUAAUUGGAGACCGUAGGCGCGUAGGACGAGGAAAACUUUUAGAUGAAUUACCUUCAAUUUGCUCCAAAUUAUCUAAUAUAUCUAUUGGACACGGCCGAGAACUGAUUAGUGAACCUACUGAAGUGUCAUCGGUCGAUGGUCGCGGGGCACGAUCAGUCAUUGCUCAAAAGAUAGAUGUAUCGAAAGAAGAAACUAUUAAAGUUUCUACCACAAAGCAAUGCGAAAGCACUUCGAAUUUUUUUGCGUCUCUUAAGACAAUUCAAGGCACAAAGGGCAUUCCAGUAAAAUUGGCUUGUAAUUAUAUACGCAUAAACUCUGAUCCCAACAAAGGGGUUUUUGUUUACGAAGUGCGUUUCUCUCCAAAUAUCGACUCUACCAGCUUAAGAAGGCAAUAUCUGAACGAACAUAGCACUAAAUUUGGAGGGACUAAAACUUUUGAUGGAGUUACAUUAUAUUUGCCGAUUUUGUUAAAAGAUUCACUAACAACAUACCUUUCAAAAGCCAGCGAUGGAUCUAGUAUUGAGAUACGAAUACUUUUUAAAAGGAGGGAAACCCUAAAAGAUUGCAUUCAUCUGUACAACGUUCUUUUCGAUAGGAUCAUGAAGACACUAAAUUAUGUGCGUUUCGAUCGCAAGCAAUUUGAUCCCACUUCACCGAAAGUAAUUCCUCAGCAAAAACUAGAAGUGUGGCCAGGAUAUGUGACUGCUGUAGAUGAAUAUCAAGGAGGUCUUUUACUUUGCUGCGAUGUUUCUCACAGACUGUUAUGCCAAAAAACUGUUUAUGAAACUCUAUUUGAAAUAUAUAAAAGCAACCCAAAUAAGGUCCAAGAAAUGGCUAAGAAAGCUCUCUUGGGUUCCGUAAUUAUAACGAGAUAUAAUAACAAAACAUAUCGUAUUGACGAUAUUUGCUUUGAUAAAAGUCCGUUAUCUACAUUUACAAUUAAAGGAUCUGUCUUGAAUUUUUUUGAUUAUUACAAAGAAAAUUAUAACAUCGCAAUAAAGGAUAAAAAUCAACCACUCUUAAUAUGUAUUAAAAAGCAACGGAAAUCACAAAGUCCGCAAAUAGAAGACUUGGUUCUUUGUUUGAUUCCGGAAUUGUGUUAUUUAACAGGAUUACGUGAUGACAUAAGAUCUGAUCAUAAAUUAAUGCGUGAAAUCGCGACUUUCACCCGCGUGACCCCCAACCAACGUGUAGAAGCGCUAAAAAAAUUCUAUACAAAUAUACAAAAUAGUCCUGAAUCAUGUAAAAUCUUAAGCGAAUGGGGAUUGUCUUUGGUACCGAGCUACGAAGAAAUCUAUGGUCGGCAAUUGGAGGAAGAAAAAAUCUAUUUUGCCCAUAAUAACGUUGGUGUUGGCCAUAAUGCAGACUUUGGUAAACACGUGGCAACAAACGAAUUAUUGGAAAUUUUCCCUAUACAUAAUUGGCUUCUUAUCCAUUGUAAAAACGAUAGCAAAGUGGCCGCAUCAUUUUGUGAACAUAUGCAAAGGAAUACGCGUUCAUUUGGUUUAAUAGUGCAUCCGCCAAAAAUUGUUGUUAUUAGCAAUGACAGGAUUGAUACUUAUGUAAACGCCUUGAGACAAAACAUUACUAAAGAAACUCAAAUUGUUGUCUGCAUAUGCACAACUAGCAGAGAUGACAGAUAUGCUGCUAUUAAAAAAACUUGUUGUGCUGAAAUUCCAGUACCGUCGCAGGUAAUAAACUCUAGAACUCUUCAAAAUGAAGCAAAAAACCGAUCAAUUGUCCAAAAGAUUGCCCUUCAAAUGAAUUGCAAGUUAGGUGGAUCGUUGUGGUCUAUAAAGAUCCCCUUUAAAAACGUAAUGAUUUGUGGAGUCGACGUGUAUCACGAUGCUACUCAAAAGGGUAAUUCUGUCGCUGCUUUUGUUGCAUCCUUAAACCAAAAAUACUCUAGAUGGUACAGCAAAGCAGUGAUUCAAAGUAAAAGAGAAGAAAUUUUAAGUGGACUGUGCUCUUGUUUAAUAUCAGCGUUAAAGGAAUAUGAGAGCGAAAACAGCCACUUUCCUGAUGGCGUUAUCAUUUAUAGAGAUGGAGUCGGUGACGGUCAACUACAAGUUUGUGAAAAUUAUGAAAUUCCACAGUUAGAAGAAUCGUGCCGUAAGAUGCUAAACUACGUCAUAAAAAUAACUUUUAUUAUUGUUCAGAAACGAAUCAAUACUCGCUAUUUUGCGAUGAGCCGAAACAGUUUUGAAAACCCAAGUCCUGGCACAAUUGUUGAUAAAACUAUUACCCGGGCACGUUUAUAUGACUUUUUCUUAGUUUCGCAAGCCGUUAGACAAGGUUCGGUCUCUCCCACUCACUACAUUGUGUUAAGGGAUGAUGCCCAAUAUAGUCCCGAUAUAAUACAAAGAUUGAGUUACAAGUUGUGCUUCCUGUAUUAUAACUGGCCAGGAACCAUACGAAAUCCCGCUUGCUGCCAGUAUGCCCAUAAAAUGGCAUAUCUUGUUGGACAAAGCAUAAAGCGAGUCACUUCGGAGGAUCUUGCAAAGAAGUUAUUCUAUUUAUAAACUGAAAAACUAUUCGGAGCGAAAAAGUAAACAUGAACCAAAAAUAACUAAAUUAAGUAUAUUAUAAUAAUUAAUGGAACCAUAAUAGUAAGAGUAUAUAAGUAAUAAACAUUGGCAAUAA